GGAAACAUUAUAAGAUGGCAUCCCUCCUUCCUGGAACUUGCAAUUUCUUUUGAACAAAUCAGAUCCCUCUUUCAAUGUCUUGGACUAUUCAUGCCCGCAACAAGACUUAUCAAUGACCAUAAAUACCCAACCCUUUCCCUUGCAAAAAUCUACUACUCCCCCCAUACAUCCAUCAAUCUCUGAAACAGACAAGACAGAGAGACUUAAAGAGUUUCAUUUUCUUAACGCAAAGGAUGGUGAGGGCUCCUUGCUGUGAAAAAAUGGGUUUGAAGAAGGGACCUUGGACUCCUGAAGAGGAUCGCAUUCUGGUUUCCUACAUUCACAACUAUGGACAUGCAAACUGGCGUGCUCUGCCCAAACAAGCUGGUUUGUUAAGAUGUGGUAAGAGUUGCAGACUGAGAUGGAUAAACUACUUGAGGCCAGAUAUCAAGAGAGGCAACUUCACCAAAGAAGAAGAGGACACUAUCAUUACAUUACAUGAAUCCUUGGGAAAUAGGUGGUCAGCAAUUGCAGCACAGCUUCCAGGAAGGACUGACAAUGAGAUUAAAAAUGUAUGGCACACCCACUUGAAGAAGAGACUACUCAAACAAAACCAUACCCCACAAAUCAUCAAACACUCCAUGAUCACAUCUCCACAAUAUGAACAAGAACAAGUCAGCAUCAAUGCCGACUCAGAAUCCUCAAAUAUCACUCUCUCUACGCAUAAUAACAUAUAUUCAUGUGAGCAAUAUUCCAGCUUGCUCACUGACACCACCACAGUGGCCACCAGUAGUACUGAAACCAUCAAAUGUGGGAGUCUUGAUUAUGCAAUGAAUUUCCCUCUAAUGGACGAAAGUUGUGGAUCAUCAGACGCAGAGAAUUCUUCCAGCAUGAUGACAGCUGAGUUUUUUGAUGGAUUACAAGACCAUUUUGGGUUCAAUUAUUCAAAUGUUAUGGAUCCAAGUCAUAUGAAUGAAGCUUCAUACGUUGAUGAUGGCAUGGACUUCUGGCGCAGCCUAUUAAUUGAUGUGGGAGGAAUACAAGGAUUUCUAUGAUUUUCCAAGACUCUUUCAAUUUGUAUGAAGAUUUGGUAUUUGGGUUUUGACCAUUAGAGAAUUGAAAGAGAUGGGUUGUGCACAACAGAGAUGUUUGUUAAUGGUGGGGGGAAGAACUGUGCCAAGUCCAAAAGGUAGAAAAGGAAAAGCAUUCAUUGACGAAGAAACUGAAAGGCAGUUACUUUGUGAUAAGGAUAACGUGGACGAAGAAAUUGUUCAUUUGAAAGGUCAGAAAGGAGAAACAAAGUGGGAAGACUGACUAAUUGAGACAUGUUAGUGACAGAUUCAUGUAUAUGUUUCUAAAUUAGAUUAAGAUUGUUUUAUGGUAUUGAAGAUAAUGUUCAAUAUAUUGUUCAUAGUGUAUUAAAUGCUGGGCAUUAAGUCAAUUCAUUUUAUUUUCUUA